CUCAAGUCUCAGAAAAAGCCAGAAAAGUGCCUGAGAAGGACGACUGCUCCAACACCUGAAUCUGUCUCUCUGCUCAUGAUUGGCCGUGUUUUAAGCCAUGCCAAACCCAUAGCACGACGCACGAGCCAAAUGAGAACAGUUCGCGUCGAGUCACACCCAAAAUCGAUCCUGAUAUUUAGAUCCAAAUCUAGCCUAUCUCACUCCCCAUCUUCUUUCACGAUGGAUUCGGUCCUUCAUACAUUUUCUGCACUCUCGAUCGCUCCUGUGGCACAGAUCGCGCACGCCGAGACGUCAUCUCCGGCGACGUGGCGACAGGCUCUCGAUGAAAAUGCCUCCGUGUCCACGAAAUCGUUCGAACUCGUCAAGACCUUGGUCUUCAAGCCAAAGACCGCGAAGACUGCGACUCCCGUACCCGUCGUGCUCAUCGCCCGCGAUGAAACGGACACAAAUGCCGGGACCCUGGGGAAACACCUCAAUCUGAAGGAGAUGCGACUGGCGUCCGAAGAUCUACUGACCGAAUUUUUUGCUCUUGAUAAAAAUUCGCUUUCUCCCUUCGCUCUCAACUCCACGACCUUUCCCAAGGUCGUGACUGUUGUGGAUUCGACUAUCGCAACCUCGACCUCGACCUUUGCAGUGCAUGCGUUAUCUUCGAGCUCGACUGUCUUUGUCUCCGGGAAGGACAUCGUUUCGUAUCUGAGGAGUCUUGAAACCGACGCGGCCAAGGUCAUCGAAGUCAAUUUUGCUGAUCUCAGCAGCGCUUCCACUGCUGGGGCAGCUCAGACCACUUCAGCCCCCAAGCCAGUGAAAGAUGAUGGAAAGAUCGAAGGAGCAGUCCAGAUUGCCAUCGGAGUCAAGAAGGAGGUUGACUUUGCUGGCUGGUACACGAACGUCCUCAUCAAAGCAGAUAUGCUGGACUAUUACAGCGUCAGUGGGUGCUAUAUCCUCAAACCCUGGUCGUACAGCAUUUGGGAGGAAAUCACACAGUGGUUCAAUACCGAAAUCAAGGAACUUGGCGUGCAAAACUCUUAUUUCCCAAUGUUUGUGUCCCAGAAAGUUCUUGAACGAGAGAAGGAUCAUAUCGAGGGCUUUUCUCCGGAGGUGGCCUGGGUUACUAGAGCUGGAAGCUCCGAUCUCGAGGAACCGAUUGCUAUUCGUCCCACGUCUGAGACGGCGAUGUAUCCGUACUAUGCUAAAUGGAUCAAGAGUCAUCGUGACCUGCCAUUGAAGCUCAACCAGUGGAACAGCGUCGUGCGAUGGGAGUUCAAGAACCCUCAGCCGUUUCUGCGGACCCGAGAAUUCCUGUGGCAGGAGGGACACACAGCCUUCUUGACUAAACCUGAAGCUGAUACCGAGGUCCGACAAAUCUUGGACCUCUACCGACGCGUGUUUGAGGAUCUUCUUGCCGUUCCUGUCAUCCCGGGCGUCAAGUCUGAAAAGGAGAAGUUUGCUGGUGGCCUGUACACAACGACAGUUGAGGGCUUCAUCCCCACCUCAGGACGAGGAAUUCAGGGUGCCACGUCACAUUGUCUCGGACAGAACUUUUCUCGCCCGGAGAUGUUCAACAUCUUUGUCGAGGACCCGAACGACCCAACGGGACAGGGCAAAACUUAUGUUUGGCAAAACUCGUGGGGUCUUUCGACGCGAACGAUCGGAGUCAUGGUCAUGGUCCACGGUGACAAUCAGGGACUGGUUCUGCCCCCGCGAGUCGCAAGUGUUCAGGUUGUGAUUGUUCCCUGUGGAAUCACGGCAAAAAUUACUGACGAGGGUCGUGCUCAAAUUAACGAUGCAUGUGAUAAUCUCGCAAAGUCGCUCCGCAAAGCGGGUAUUCGCGCUAAAGCCGAUCUGCGUGACGGAUAUACCCCCGGAUACAAAUUUAAUGAUUGGGAACAGAAGGGUGUUCCCCUUCGCUUGGAGAUCGGGCCGAAUGACAUUGCAAAGAACCAGACGGUGACUGUCCGGAGAGAUAACGGUGCCAAAAACGCCAUCAGCCUGGACGGCAUCGCUGGAAGCAUCUCCUCACUUCUGCAGACAAUCCAGAGCGACAUGUUUGACAAAGCCAAGACAACUUACGACGCCAGUCUGAAGGAGAUAAGUCGUUGGGAGGAUGUUGUCCCGACCUUGGACAACAAGUGCGUUGUUGUUUUGCCUUGGUGUGAAGAAGAAGCCUGCGAAGAUGACAUCAAAGAGCGCAGCGGCAGAGCCUCGGAGCCUCAGGACGAGCGGGCUCCAUCAGCCGGGGCCAAGUCUCUCUGCAUUCCAUUCGAUCAAUCUCGCUGGACCCCCAUCGUCCCAGGCCAGACCAAGUGCCCAGCCUGUGGUAAAGAUGCCAAACGCUGGACCUUGUUUGGUCGUUCUUACUAGUUCUUUUCGUUCCAUAUCCCAGUACUAGUCUUGUAUUAAAUAAUCAUCAAAACCCCCGGCGUUUUCCGAUUUGCCUCUGAUUGGCCGAUCAAACCCGGGUUUGUGCCGUCACCGAGAGCUUCCUACAACCUCCGACUUUGCCAGUAUGUUACAGAGGAUAACGCAGCGGAAUGCUUCACGCUCUGUUUCGCGUUUGCGCUGGACGUCAUCAUCGCGAAAGUAUUCCACUCCCGCAGAACCAUAUGAAGUGGUCGUGAUUGGUGGUGGUCCUGGCGGCUAUGUUGCUGCUAUUAAAGCUGCUCAGCUCGGUCUAAAGGUAAUUAUCAAACGUUUUUCGUGCCUCUUUGUGCGCUCACUCGUUAUCGAGACCGCUUGCAUAGAGAAACGAGGAUCUCUCGGCGGGACCUGUCUGAACGUUGGAUGCAUCCCUUCUAAAGCCAUGCUCAACAACUCCCAUUUGUACCACACUGCCAAGCAUGACAUGAAGCGGCGAGGAAUCGACGUACAGGUAGUGAGCGAUGUGUCUCUCAAUCUCCCGGCGAUGCUUGCUGCCAAGGACGACGCUGUUACCGGACUCACCAAAGGAAUUGAGUACCUUUUCAAGCAGGCUGGCGUCGACUACAUCAAGGGCGCCGGAUCCUUCGUUUCUCCCACUAAGAUCUCAGUCGACUUGCUCGAUGGUGGCAAGACCGAAGUCGAAACGAAAAAUGUGAUCAUUGCUACCGGUUCCGAAGUCGCACCAUUUCCCGGCGGAGGGAUCCCUAUCGACGAGGAGCAGAUCGUGAGCUCAACCGGUGUCCUUUCGCUCCAGAAAGUUCCAGAGAAGCUGGUUGUCAUCGGUGGUGGUAUCAUCGGCCUUGAAAUGGGCAGUGUUUGGAGCAGGCUGGGUGCAGAGGUCACGGUGGUCGAGUUUCUGGGUGCGAUUGGUGGUGCCGGUAUUGACGGCGAAGUCGCCAAGCAGUUCCAGCGUUUCCUGGCGAAGCAGGGCCUGAAAUUCAAGCUCAACACGAAGGUGACUGCCGCCGAGAAGGUCGACGGCAAGGUUACCUUGAAGAUGGAGGCCGCUGCUGGUGGAAAAGAGGAGUCUCUCGAUGCAGACGUUGUGCUAGUCGCCGUUGGCCGACGACCCUAUGUGCAAGGCCUGAACAUCGAGGCUGCCGGUGUGGAGAUGGACAACCGAGGUCGGAUUGUGAUUGAUGACCAAUUCAACACUUCCGUUUCCAACAUCAAGUGCAUCGGGGACGUGACCUUCGGGCCCAUGCUGGCCCACAAGGCCGAAGAGGAAGGAAUUGCUGCCGUCGAAUAUAUCAAGUCUGGUCACGGUCACGUGAACUACAACGUGAUUCCUUCGGUGGUCUAUACGCACCCUGAAGUUGCAUGGGUUGGAAAGACGGAAGAAGACCUCAAGGGAGACAAGGUCCAGUACACCAUUGGUAAAUUCCCAUUUGCGGCCAACUCGCGGGCGAAAACCAACCUGGACACCGACGGCUUCGUCAAAAUUCUUGCUGAAAAGGAAACUGACCGAAUCCUCGGUGUGCAUAUCAUCGGUCCGAAUGCUGGAGAGAUGAUCUCCGAGGGCGUUCUUGCUAUGGAGUACGGUGCCAGUGCGGAGGAUGUUGCUCGAACUUGCCAUGCACACCCCACUCUGAGCGAGGCCUUCAAGGAGGCUUGCAUGGCCGCUUAUUCCAAGGCUAUACACGCUUAAUUACUCUGGAUACUCAAUAA